AUGCGAAUCACGAAAGUCGAGGUCAACUCAUCAAAGCACGAAGUAAUUGCCAAACUGUAUAUACCCGAAUUGAGAAUGAAAGGACAUUAUAAUCUAUCUGGCAAGCUUCUGUUGUUACCUGUUGAAGGAGAUGGAAAAUUUUCAGCUAAAUAUGGUGACAUCAAUGCGGUACUGACGAUCGCUUUGGGUAGGUUACAUCGUGAGAACAAUGUUGACGCACUCGCCUGUGAAAAACUCGAUGUCAAAUUUGACGUUGGAUCCGCUUCUAUAAACUUGGAGAAUCUAUUCGAUGGUGAUAACGAAUUGGGUAAUACAAUGAAUACUUUCCUCAAUGAAAACUGGCAAAAAUUGGCGAAAGAAUUUCAAGAGCCGAUGGAGGAAGCACUUCGAGAUUUCUUGAAGCCGUUAGCUGAUCAUGCUUUUGGUACACUAAAUGCAGAUGAUAUAUUCUUAAGAUAG